UCUUCAUCAGAACUUAAAAUACACCAGCGAGUACACACAGGAGAGAAAUCUUACUGCUGCUCUGACUGCGGGAAACUUUUCUCAAGAUCAAAUUCACUAAAAGUACACCUGAGAAUUCACACUGGAGAGAAAUCUCAUUGCUGCUCUGACUGUGGGAAACGUUGCAAAGAUUCAUCAGAACUUAAAAUACACCAGCGAGUACACACAGGAGAGAAGCCUCACCACUGUUCAGAUUGUGGGAAAAGCUUUUCAACAUCACAGACUUUGAAGCUGCACCAGAGAACACACACAGGAGAGAAACCUUUUAGCUGUGAUCAAUGUGGGAAGAGUUUUACUCAGUCAAGCUGCCUGAAAUCACACCAGAAAAUACACACUGGAGAGAAACCUUAUAGUUGUGCUCAAUGUGGGAAUUGUUUUGUUACAUCUAGCAACCUGAUAUCACACCAAAGAACACACACAGGAGAGAAAUCUUAUAGCUGUGAUCAAUGUGGGAAGCGUUUUGUUACAUCUCAAAAUUUGAUGAUACACCAGAGAACACACACAGGAGAGAAGCCUUAUAGCUGUGCUCAAUGUGUGAAGAGUUUUACUACAUCUAGCCAUCUGACUGUACACCAGAGAAGACACACAGGAGAGAAACCUUAUAGCUGUGAUCAAUGUGGGAAGAGUUUUGUUUCAUCUGGCCCUCUCGCUAAACACCAGAGAACACACACAGGAAAUAAACCUUAUAGCUGUGAUGAAUGUGGGAGGAGUUAUACUACAUCUAGCAAUCUGAUUGUGCACCAAAGGACACACACAGGAGAGCAGUCUUUU